AUGAGUCUCCCGCUCGCUGAUUUACGAAAGCAUGACCAACAAUUAACGGUAAAAGACAAAUAUGACAUCCGCGUGGUUGCGCACGACGAGAGCGAUUCGUCACUUUCAUCGGAUUAUAGCACCUCGAGCAGCAGUAGCGACGAAGAUUUCGACGAGAAAACCCGCAAAAAGAUGAAUUUUCAGUACAAAAAGACUCGAAAAAGGCCGCUUUACUUGAACAACGAAGGCGGCGAGAAAACACUGUACUGCUAUUAUUGCAAGGAAUAUUUCAAUCGAACGCCAGAUCAUCCGAAAAAUUUCGUAAAUCACAUCAAACUCAUCCAUGCCAUCAAUAAUCCCGAUGGGACCUUCACGUGUCGUCAUUGUGGGCACGAAACUCCCGACAAAAAAGUCAUGCGACGUCAUUUCAACGUGCAUCGGAUCUUUGAUGAGCCAAUAGUUUGUCAAAAUUGCGGCGAAACUUUUUAUAAUUAUCGCGCAUGGAGAUCUCACAGCAAGAAACAUCAGAAAAAGAGGAAAAGUUUCGGUUGUUAUUUGUGUGGAAAUGUUUAUACGAGUAAGCCGAGUCUUAUUUCGCAUCUGAUGAGUGUUCACGAGCAACUGGGACGAAAAUGCAAAUAUUGUCACAAGUGUAUUCUGUUUGAGGCGUGGGAUGAACAUGAAAAAAUGGAAUUGGAGUUGCGGAAAGAACCGUUUGAAGAAAUUUGUGAAUAUUGUGCGCAAACUUUUACUUCGAAGGAGUCUGCGGCGAAUCAUCGACGGAAUUUUCACUUGAACAAACCUACCGUAACGUGCUCCGAAUGCGGCAAAACUUUCCGUACAACGACAAAUUUAGCGCAACAUCGAACCAACAAACAUGCCGAAAAGCGCUUCGAGUGUCGUGAAUGCGGUUAUCGCAGUUCCUACAAAUACCUCGUUCACAUUCACAUCAAAAAAAUGCAUCCUUCGACGAUCCUCCAUGGAAUGCCCGACAACGCCGUGAUCGAACACGCACCCGGCACCGCAGGUCGACAAGACAAUCGCCGAAAACGUUCUCAUCAAUUAAAAAUCGGCGAUGAUUAA